AUGGAAGUUCGUAAUUCUCAGUUUGCUGCUUUUAUUGAUGCAUUUACAUCAAAUACUUAUGUAUUAGUUAUUACAUUUGAUCCUAAAAUUCCUUCGGACGCUACACUUAUCAACAUUAGAAAUGCCAGAAGACAUUUUGAAAAGCUGGAGAAGGAAAGCCAAUCUGCCGCUAUGAAGAUAAGGCGCGUGCCACCCCCGAAGAGUGCGGUCCCGGGUCCGACAAAGGCGACCCCUGGGGCCCAGGUAGCGGAGCUCACUAAUGCACUACAAAUUAACAAUCGUUGGCCCUCUUUAGUGUCUGCGCCGGCCGUCUUUGGUGUCCCGGAUCAAGAUCUGUGCCUCUUCUUCUUGUUUGUUCUCUCUGCUCAUUGGUUAAGUAAUCCGCUAAAGGAAGCAGCCUUAGGGCUAACUGAGCAUUUAAGUGGUCUACUGAUGACCUCAGGGGAUUUCGUCAGUGUCUGGAGGAAACCAAACAAAAAUUAG